AUGGCGCACGGUUACGGACAUCAAGGGCCGUCAGGCACCCCGAAGCAGUUCGUGCUCUGUUUCGAUGGCACCGGAAACAAGUUUGCCGGUGAUGAGUCCGACAGCAAUGUGCUCAAAAUUUUUCGCAUGCUCGACCGCAGCAAAAGCCACCAGUACCAUUACUACCAGCCUGGUAUUGGCACAUAUGUGACAUCUAAGUCGCUCUCCAGUCAUGGCCGCAUCCAGCGUAUCAAGUCUGCGUAUCAAAAGGCCAAGGACUCGGCGGUCGGGUCCUCCUUUGACGAACAUGUCAUGGGUGGGUACAAGUUCUUGAUGCGAUACUAUUCUCCAGGCGACGAGAUCUUCUUCAUUGGCUUCAGUCGUGGCUCAUAUAUCGCGCGAUUCUUGGCCGAGAUGCUCGAUUAUAUCGGUUUGCUGGAAGCCGGAAAUGAAGAACUGGUUCGUUUCGCGUGGAAGACAUUUGCGAAAUGGCAGCAGCGAUCCGACGACACGGAAGAGGAUCGCGAAGAGAAGAAGAAACUCUUCACGUAUAUGAAGGCCUUCCGUGAAACCUUCAGUCGUCCCAUCUCGCGCAUCCGUUUCAUGGGUCUGUUCGAUACCGUGAACAGUGUGCCGCGCUUCGAGUCCGCGUGGAUGCAACGCACUAAAUUCCCCUAUACAGCACGCAGUUCAGCCAGGGUAAUCCGCCAUGCUGUGGGAAUUGACGAACGCCGUGCCAAAUUCCGUCAGGAUCUGAUCUCUGGCCCUCGCCCUCGGGGACAGAAGCACCACCGUCAUCGCCACCAUCUGCCCAAGAACCCGCUUGAGAGUCACAUGGAGCGCCACCGUGAUGCCCAGCGUCAUCUGCAUCUUUUCCACCAGGACCACAAACAGCAGAAAGAUGAGAAGACUGACGAACGCCCGGAUGCUGUCCCAUCCAUUCGUUUCAACGAUAACUCCGAAGAAGAGAAGCAGAACAACAAGGCCGAACCUGAACGUGAAGUUCCUGGCUGGGGACCUCACCAGGGCGAGUCAUACUAUCACAGCGCGCAGCACUCGCACCAUAACUCUCAACAAACCUCUCGCGCAGGAAGCGAAACCGGCACCAUGCAGCAACAUGCAUACCGCGCACCCUCACCCCGACGCAACCUCGCCGUGCCAAAGGCCUCAAUGGAAGACCUGCACUCGGUACAAAGCAAGGAAUCCUGCCAUAGCGGACACUCAAAUGUGCUCUCCGUACACAUCCCGGGAGAAGAAUCGGACGAUGACGAAGAUGACCAGGACAUCCACGAGAUCUGGUUCCCAGGCUGCCACGCAGACAUUGGCGGAGGCUGGAAACUGCACGAUGGUGAGAUGUGGGCACUCAGCCACGCGCCCCUUGUGUGGAUGACCCAGGAAGCACAAAAGGCCGGCCUCGAACUAGACGAGCGCAAGAUGAAGCAGUUCCAGUGCCUGGAGGAGUUCCAGGGUGACUACACUCCUAUCAGGGAGGAGAUAAAUGCGCGCCGGCCGAGUCGUUGUGUCGAGGGCCACGGCGAUGACGCUGAUAUGUUCCGUUCUGCACCUGAUGAGAAGGAGCGCUCGGCUGCUAGCCGUGAUUUCUGGCAUGCGCUGCAUACGUCCAGCACGAAGGGUCUGAUGCAUGACUGUCUCAUGUUUAACCAAGGCAUUCCUGCUAUGUCGGUUAUUUCGUGGCGCAUCAUGGAGUGGUUGCCGUUCCGGCGUAUGGAUUUGCAGCCCGAUGGGUCGUGGAAGCCGAUUAGCUGGCCCCUGCCUCGUGGCGAGGUCCGCGAUGUGCCGAAAAAUGCUGAAAUUCACGUUUCUGCUAUUCGCCGUAUGCAGGCCAACAAGGGGUACCGUCCUGGUAAUGUGAUUGUUGGUGGCGGUGGUCGCGGUAUACGUGUUGCGCCGGAGGAACAUGGUAUGGGUGAGUGGGUGGUUUACAAGAAUGAGGGUGAUCCAGUGCGCGAAACAUAUGUCCGCAAGGACGUCACUAAGUGUAAGGAGGGUGAGGAAGAGAAGCCUCAGAAAACCCACCCUGUGUCCUAA